GCCAGAGUCAGACCUUCAAAACAACCCAGAGUCCUGCAGCAUCUUCCCCUCGGAUCUGCCUUACUCGCCACCAUCUCCCUGUUCAGAUCUCUGGGCAACUCCUGAGGCCACAGUCAGCCCUCCAUCUCACACUAAACCUUCACGGAGCAACCAUGUUGAUUCUUCUGGCUUUCAUUAUUGUGUUUCACAUAACUUCAGCAGCGCUGUUGUUCAUCUCAACCAUUGACAAUGCCUGGUGGGUAGGAAAAGACUUUUCUACAGAUGUCUGGAAAGUCUGUAUCAAUAUCAGCAACUGUACAGCCAUUGAUGAAAACAGUUCAGAAUAUCAGUCUGUGCAGGCUGUUCAGGCCACCAUGAUCCUGUCUACUAUUCUGUGUUGUGUUGCAUUUCUGGUUUUCAUUCUUCAACUCUUCCGCCUAAAGCAAGGAGAAAGAUUUGUGUUAACUUCUACUAUCCAGCUGCUGUCAUGUCUCUGUGUUAUGAUUGCAGCUUCCAUUUACACAAAUAAGCAUGAAGAUCUGCACAAGAGUUACGGAUACCCAUUUGAUAUUCUUAGUGGCCAGUAUGGAUAUUCCUUCAUCUUAGCCUGGAUUGCAUUUGCUUUUACUCUGAUCAGUGGAAUCAUGUACCUAGUAUUAAGGAAACGUAAAUAAAUGUCAGCAGCUAGUUAUUUCUGUCAUUGCAGUACAGAAACAGAACUCCAAUAACCAUUUUGUAUAUAAUCAUUUGUGGUUUUGUAGUAAAGGUAUUGUUUUUCUAAAAAUGUACUGUGUUCUUAGUAUGAAAGAGUAUGGAAAAAAUAAUGCAAGUUUCCUGGAACACUCUUCUAGCUGGGGUCAAGAUUCUGAACAAGCCAAGACCAAAUUAAAUUUCCUUUGUAUGUUUCACAACUUCAAAUGGCUGUCCCUAACCUAGGCAUUAACAAGAGUUUGAUCCUGCCCUCUAAAUGGUUCACACCCUCCAUCUGGAAAAGUUACAGUACAUGCUUAUUACAUUGUUAGCAUUGUGCUGUUAGAAAUCAAGAUCUGUUUGGGGAUAAGUGUAGGGAAAGAAUAAGACACACAGUACAUCACUUAAAAAAAGAUUAUAGGAGACACUGAGUAUAUCUUCUAACUAUCAUAGUAGGGAACCUGCAUUCUUGCUGUUUAUAACUCUGCAAUACAUGCUCUACAAGCUUUUAUUAAAACCCCUUGCUCUGAAAAAGUAAACCACUCCUUUUUUUUGAAUUCUGGAGUACGGAUUUUAUUUUCAUAGUGUGUCCAGAGCAUCCUCAAGCAGUACAAGUUGCUCAUCAAUUCAUUACACACUUUGGGUCUGGAAAUGGUUCUGUUUGUACAUGCUGAAGCUAACUUACAAACAAAACAAACCUUAAAUGCUCUUAACUCUCCAUUGUGCAUAGUCUUAAUCUACCUUUAAAAUUUGCUUGCCUCUAUUUCAGGCUUUUUUUAAACUGUUUAAGCCAAUAUGUGCCCCCCU